AUGUACUUCUCCAAGACUCUCGUCCUUUCCUUCGCCGUCUCGGCCCUCGCUCUCCCCACUGCUCUCCAGGGCAAGGCUCAGAAGCGUGCCGGUGUCCUGUCCGCCAGCGACUACGCCAACUACGCCGACUUCCAGAUCUCUGACGGUGUUGCUGGAAACGCUCUUGACGAGGUCAACGAGAAGUUCCCCAUCGAUACCAGCGACCUUGCCAACGUCGACGACGCCGAUCUUGAGAUCAUCAAGACCGCCCGUGAGACGGCCGAGGCCGCCGAGACCGACGCCGGCGGCUUCAACGAGGCCAUCGACGCCGCCGGCGAGGACACGGAGGAGGGCGAGGCCCUCCAGGUCGGCAAGAUCAAGAACAAGGUCCUGAAGCUGCAGCUCGAGGUCCUCGCUCUCCAGAUCGAGCAGGCCAAGGGCGAGGACAACGCCGAGAAGCUCGAGGAGGAGCAGACCAAGCUCAACAAGAACAUCGCCACCGACCAGGAGUCCGCCGGCGAGACGAGCCAGAGCGUCAACUUCACCGGUACGGGCAGCGACUAA